AAAGAAGGCCCAACUAAUUGUUUUUGGAUGUUGAUUCACUCUUGGGCCAAGAGAAGGCCCAUCUGCUGUUGUCCGUAGACGAAUGACUUCAACGCAAGGAGAUGGAUGAAGGUCGAAGAACCAGAGGAAACGAGGAUCGAAAAGGUUGAAGAAAGAUCGGGAAAAGCGAAAGUUUUCAAGGAGCAGUGGACAGAUAGACUGUGAGAUUGCGGGUUUCAAUCAUGGCGUGGAGAGGGCAGCUUUCUAAGAAUCUCAAGGAGCUUCGGAUUCUUCUCUGCCAGUCAUCUCCUUCAAGCUCGUCCACUAGAGCUUUCAUCGAGAAUAAUUACAAGGAUCUCAAGACUCUCAACCCCAAGCUCCCAAUCUUGAUCCGCGAAUGCAGCGGGGUCGAGCCCCAGCUUUGGGCUAGAUACGACAUGGGUGUGGAGAGGGGUGUUCGUUUGGAGGGCAAGGACGAAGCACAGAUCUCGAAGGCCCUGGAAGAGCUUGUGAAAGUAGGAGCUGCCCUGAAAGCUUGAUGCGGUUGCACUUCAUUCACAUUGGUUCCAACUGUAAGAGCAGUGAAAUAAAUAUGCUACUGUGUUUAAGAAAAGAUCUCACCUUGUCAGGUUUUGCAAUAUUUGCUGAUGCAUUGCUGCCAGUCUGCUCUUUGCAUUUAUCAUUUAUGCUUCGUAGUUCCUUCAUGGGAACCAAAACUAGAUUAGCUAGCUGGUUCAUUUCUUUGUUCCUAGGGGAUGUAAUAAAGUGAGGUUGGGAGUUGAAAUUUGAUUGAACUAUGCACCGAUUCAAUCUGUUGAUUUUAAUCCAAACAUUGCUUUAUACUUUGGAUUGAAGGCUCUUAACUGUUCAGUUCCUGGAUACAUGGUGGAUUUGGCGAUUUGCUGUGGAUGUGGCCAAGAUGCACUAGCUGUGGCCAACUGGCGUAUGACUUCGACUUCUUUUCGUAAAUGAAUGUAUUCAUUGCUCCUGAAAAAGUAAAAAACAGAACAGUGACGAUAUUCAUGGCUCUGGUAAAGUGUCUGGUUAGUUGGGUUAAAGCUCUCGUGGGUCAAAAAAGCCGCGUGGAGAAACAGAUGGUUUUGUCAAUUUGUGCUGGUUUUCUACCGGAUAAAAGCAUAAAAAGUGGUGGAGGGGUCGGCAGGUGUUGUCGCUCUCUCCAAGAUUUCCAGCCCUUUUCUCACCCUUUUAUUUCCCUGGUUCGGAAUAGAUAAACCUACAUACGUUUUUUCCCCUUCUAUUUUAAGGUUGAAAAAACACCGAUAGAUGCUCAAAGCU